AAUAGGUUCACCACAGGGUCUUUCUUCCGGCCUUCGCCAUGACGUCAGUCUGACCACGUUCUCAGUGUUCUCCACUGGAGCCAGUCACUCGAACUGGAGAACUGGCGUGGUGUUCGGUGCCCUUCAUGUGGCUUUUCAGGCCUGGCAGGGCCGUCAGCCGCCUGGGUCGACCAGGCGGUGCUGGGUGUCUCGGCACCACGCCACGGGUGGCGCCGCUGGCCUCGCUGGUGAGACCGUUGAGACUCGUGGACACGAGCCCCGCGCGGCUGGGCACCGCCUCCAUGUCUGCUCCGCGGGAGCUGAGCCGGACCUCCCCGUUCAGCCCUUUGCAGCUCCGCACGUACAACAUUCAGAAGGUCAUCAACUGGCCACGCAUCAAGAAGAAUGUGUUGGAGGUGGAGACGAAGCAGCGCACCACCAAGAACCGCAACCAUGCGGAGGUGCUGAAGACCUUCCGCCUCAGUCGCUUCGGCUGGGAGCGCCGCCGCGCGCGGCUCCGUGGCGGGAACCGGCGCCGGCGCUCCUGGUUGGACAAGAAGAAUUCCAAGAAGAUCGAGUACGUUCACCGCGUGGACAUGUUGAAGAUGAUCCGCACCGCCACGUAUUUCAAGCUGAGGAUCCGUGACUUUCCCAAGGACGGGAAUCCCAACUACCGGGAGACCCGCGCCAUCGUGGGCAGCCACUUCGGCACCUGAAGGAUUCCGGUCCUGAGACCUGAGACACUGCUGCCAGCACGGUGAGUGGGGGUCUCCAAAAACCACUACUUUUUGGUGUAUUGACAUGUAUUGACUCUCUCCUGGAUCUAGCUAGGCCGCAGGACCCGGAAGCCGGACCCGAACCGGACCCGGAGCGGUGUUUCACUCAGAAGCCCAGCAGCUAUAGACACCUCAAGGCGAC